AUGGGAGAGGGGCGACCCUUGUCGGCCGCGCCCCGGCCCCGUCACGAACGGCUCUGCCCACCGACCCGCGCGGGCCGGCUAUCCUGGACCACUCGAAGAUCCGCGGCGCGCUACGGUAUCUGGGUGAACAAUCCAACGCUUGGUCCAAAUGGACACCUGGACCUGUUCCUGCGCUUCCUCCUGGGACUGUCUCUGCCGACCAAUCAGAGGCUGCUGCAGGGUCUGCUGACUCACACAGGAAGUGAACAGACCAAUCAAAAGACAGUAAAGUUCAUCAAACAGAAGUUGAAUGAAAAGGGUCUGUCUGUAGAGAGAAGUCUGAACCUGCUACACUGUCUGAACGAACUGAAUGACCACAGUCUGGCUGAUAAGAUACAGGAGUACAUGCAAGACAAAGUGCUCUCCUGGUUAAGUUCUCCUGCUGAGUGGUCGGCUCUGUCCUUCCUCUUACUGUCCUCAGACUCAGACCUGGAGGAGUUUGAUCUGAGGAAAUACCAGGCCUCAGAGACAGCUCUCCUGAAUCUGCUGCCGGUGGUCAGAGCCUCCACCAAAGCCCUUCUUUGUGGCUGUGGUCUGUCUCCUCACAGCUGUGCUCCUCUGGCCUCAGUCCUCAGCUCCUCCAGUCUCACACAUCUGGAUCUCACUAACAACGACCUCCAGGACUCAGGAGUGGAGCUGUUGUGUUCUGGACUGAAGAGCGCCCCCUGCAGACUGGAGACUCUCAGGUGAGACGCUCCCAUGAUGCACUCUGCCCCCUUGUGUCCACAUGAGUGUAAUUCUGUGUCUUUAGG